AUAUCGGCUUUCAUGUCUGCUACACUGACAACUUGUAAUUAACUAAGGUGAAAGAACAGAAAUGACCUGCAACUUCUUCUUGUUUUUUCUUAUAUUACUCUCUCUCUCUCUCUCUCUCUAUUGGUCCACUAUACAAGUCUUUUCAUUUCUAGGACCCGUUUUACCUGUUUUACGAAUGUACCAUGACCUGGCCCCUCCAUGACGGUUGCUUUUUAGUACCAACUGACACCUUGCCUUCUUUCUCAUGCCAUGACUUCACUGUUUUUCCCUAACACGGUCUGUUCAUUAAAAUAAAAUGAAUUUGGAAGAAGUCUCUCAAAUGUCACAACCCUCUAGAGUGUGUGCAUGGUCCUUCCCAACCAAACCUGGAUCGUCCCCUAUAAAUUUUAGGGUUGGAACAGAUGGAAUAGAUAGGGGAAAGUGAAGCCAAAUAUGGAUUGGGAUUGGAGCACAAGACCUUCUGUUGUUCCUCAAGCCGACUCUUCCUUUGGCUUCCCCUUGAACUCUAACUGCAGUACUCCACAUCCAGGAACGGAAGUGAAACAUCUAGCAAUGACAGAGAGACAAGGGUUGGUUCCGGGUAUGGACAAGGUCAACUACGAAAAGCAAGAACAGAAGAAGAAGAGAUUGACAAGCAAGCAGCUUGAGUCUCUGGAGAAGAGUUUCGAGAAGGAGAAAAAGUUGGACACAGAAAGGAAGAUGAAGCUUUCGAGGGAGAUCGGGCUGCAGCCUCGCCAGGUUGCGGUUUGGUUCCAAAAUAGGAGGGCUAGGUGGAAGGCAAAGCAGCUUGAGCACUUAUACGAAGCCCUCAAACAGGACUUUGAUGCCAUCUUCAAGGAAAAACAGGAGCUUCAAGAAGAGGUUAUGAGGUUAAAAGCUAUGCUGAGAAACCUAGAAUCCAGGACGCAGGCAUCUGCAGAUCAUCAAGAAAUCUGGGGAAGAAAGUAGAAUGCAUUGCUUCAAGCAUAAUUUAUCAUCCCAAAUCUUGAGAGGGCACUAACCUGUCUUACCUAUUAGUUUUAGCAUAUAUAGGAUUUAGUGAGGGGAGAUGAUUCUUAGGAUCUUGAGUGGGUUAUGACAUUAAAAGAUUUGCCCAGACGUGUUGGCACGAUAGAUGACUUGUUAUGACAAUUAUGAGACAGCUAAAAAAGGGCAUAUUGCAGUA